UCCCACAAGCACGCGCGACGCGACGCGACGCGAGCCAAGAGGUGGAGGAGAGAGAGAGAGAGAGGUAGAGAGAGGAAAACCCCGCCCCCGCCCCCGCCCCCGCGCUCGUCCAGGCAGCCGUCGUCGACGCAAACGGCGGAGGCCACAGAGACGCCACGCGAGGGAGCAGCCCCCGCCCCCGCCGCCGUAGCAGCAGCAGCAGCAGCAGCAGAAGCCCCCGCGCGCGGCCGCCGCCGUCCCCAAUUCGGCGCUCCGAUCGCCGGAUCUCCUCGCCGGCGCCGGGGGCCCCGAUCGGCCCCUCCUCAUGCCCGUGCGCUUCCGGGGGUUAUCUCGCGCGGGCGCCGGCCAUGUCGGACCUCGCUUCCACCUGCAAGGAUAAACUUGCGUAUUUUAGAAUAAAGGAGCUCAAGGAUAUCUUAAAUCAGCUGGGGUUACCGAAGCAAGGAAAGAAGCAGGGUGAACUAGCCAUCUGGCAGUACAUCAUUGUUGGGUCUGACUGCUGUAGUGCUGUGCACGACUUGGUUUGGCAGUAACCAUGGGUUUGUAGGACAAGCUUCAAUUCAAUAUUUCAAUUUCAGAAAUCAGAACCAUCUUCUUUUUUCUUCCCUCCUUGAAUACAUUCAGAAUCUCAUCUUCACUAUACUUGCCUCAGCUUUGCACUUGAUGGUAUCUGAUCGAUUUUUCAUAAUCGUUGAUCACAGGACCUUGUUGACAGGGUAUUGGCAAUAUUAUCAGACGAGCAAGGUCAACGCCAUCAUGGAUGGGGAAGGAGAAAUGCUGUUACAAGGGAGACAGUGGCAAAAGUUGUUGAUGAAACAUACAGGAAAAUGCAAGUAUGUCCUCCUGACCUUCCCUCCAGGAGCCACAGUGGAUCAGAUUUCAAUCAUUUCAGGCCCAAAGAGGAAUCCACUGACUUCUACCAUGUAGAGACUAAGGUCCGCUGCCUUUGCAAUAGCACAAUGCUAAAUGACAAUAUGAUCAAGUGCGAAGAUGGCAAAUGCCAGGUGUGGCAGCAUAUUACCUGCGUACUCAUUCCAGAUAAGCCCACGGAGGGUGGUGGCCCUGAUAUUCCACCUCAUUUUUAUUGUGAAUUGUGCCGACUGAACCGGGCAGACCCGUUUUGGGUGACUACAGGAAAUCCAUUACUACCUGUGAAAUUUAUGUCAUCUGGUGUUGGAAAUGAUGGAGCAAGUGUACCUCAAAUUGUGGAGAAGACCUUCCAGCUUUCCCGAGCAGAUAGAGAAACAGUCCAGAGACCUGAAUACGAUCUCCAGGUUUGGUGCAUUCUUAUAAAUGACAAAGUCCAGUUCAGGAUGCAAUGGCCUCAAUAUGCAGAAUUGCAAGUGAAUGGUAUUCCUGUACGAGUAAUGACCAGGCCUGGUUCUCAGUUACUAGGGAUAAAUGGGCGGGAUGAUGGACCACUGGUAACCACAUGCAGUAGAGAAGGGAUCAAUAAAAUUAGCUUAUCAAGAGUUGAUGCCCGAACCUUUUGCUUUGGAGUUCGAAUUGUUAGGAGGAGGACUGUUCCUCAGGUAUUAAACUUGAUCCCAAAGGAAGGUGAAGGGGAGUCUUUUGAGGAUGCUCUUGCUCGUGUCCGUCGCUGUCUUGGGGGUGGAGGUGCUACAGACAAUGCUGAUAGUGAUAGCGAUCUGGAAGUGGUUACUGAAUCUGUUACAGUCAACCUUCGUUGCCCUAAUAGUGGAUCCAGAAUGAGGAUUGCUGGAAGGUUCAAGCCUUGUGUUCACAUGGGCUGUUUUGAUCUUGAAACUUUUGUGGAAUUGAAUCAACGCUCACGCAAGUGGCAAUGCCCAAUAUGUUUAAAGAAUUACUCUCUCGAGAACUUGAUGAUCGAUGCUUAUUUCAAUCGGAUUACUUCUUUGUUGCAAAAUUGCAGUGAAGAUGUUAAUGAGCUUGAUGUUAAACCUGAUGGGUCUUGGCGUGUGAAGGGUGAUGCCGCUACCAGAGAUCUAUCUCAGUGGCAUAUGCCUGAUGGUACUCUUUGUGACUCAAAGGAAGAUACAAACCCUGGUGUCACAAGUGUUAAUGAGUUCAAGAGAGAGGGUACUUCUGAUGGACAUAGAACUUUGAAAAUUAAAAAAAACCCUAAUGGAUCAUGGCAGGUUAGCAGUAAAGCAGAUGAUAAAAAACCUGUGGUUAGACAUCACAUCCAAAACAACAAUGGGUUCUCAACACCAAACAUGCCUAUUAUCAGUAGCCCCACUGGGAGUUAUCGAGAUGGCGAAGAUGCAAGUGUGAACCAAGAAGGGGGUGGUAUUCAAUUUGAUAUAGCAUUGAACCAAGAGUUUGACAGUUUUGCACAUAACUUUGGUCAGACAUACAAUACAGAGGAUAGACAACAGCCACAACAUAAUGCUGCAGAUGUCAUUGUUCUUAGUGAUUCUGAUGAAGAAAAUGACCCGAUUGUUCGCCCGCCAGCUGUCUAUGCAAAUGCAACUACAAAUGGUGACAGUUUUCCUUUCGUCACUGAUGCUGCUGGAACUGGAUAUCCUGAAAGGUACCAGGAGGAUGCUGGCGUUGGUACAAGUGGCCUUGGUUUAUUGAACAACAAUACUGGUGAUUUUGAAAUAAAUAACUGGCAAAUGCAUUCUUAUCCACAACCGGAGCAAGGGUUCCAGUUUUUUGGGACUGAUACUGAUGUUGGCAAUCCUUUUGUUGGUCCACAUAAUUCCUUCAAUAUUGCACCAGAAGACUACUCGCUUGACUGUAAUGUUGGCAUAGAGGAUCCCUCUGCAGCUCACGAUGUUUCAAUUUGCCGAAACAGUAAUGAUGUGCAUGGAAGCUUGGUUGAUAACCCAUUGGCUUUAGCAGGCGACGAUCCAUCUUUGCAAAUUUUUCUUCCAAGUCAACCUUCCACUGUUCCCCUUCAGGAAGAAUUGAGUGAGCGUGCUAAUACUCCAAAUGGAGUCCACCCUGACGAUUGGAGGAUAUCUCUUACGCUUGCGGCCGGUGGAGGGGGUAAUGAAGAGUCUACAAGUGUUGAUGGUCUAAAAUCACAGCCAAAAGUUCCAUCGAAAGAGGCAGGAGUCGAACCUUUGCUUGAUGCUGCUUCUGCUCUCCCAAGCAUGAACAGAUGUAAUGGAUCUAAUCUAAAUCCAAGAAGGAUUGAAAAUAUAUUUUCUCACCCUCGCCAACCGCGGUCUGUUAGGCCUCGUCUGUGUUUGUCAUUAGAUACUGAUUCAGAGUAGUUUGGACAUCACACUGGGAUAGCUGAAUUUGCUACUAAUCUGGCAAAGUUGGCUUCCAGAAUCUUGAUUUUUACUGUGGAGGGCUCAGGUUAUUGUUGUUGAUACAAAGAGAAACACCAGUGUGGAUGCUUUGUUGCAUUAACCUGGGAAGAUUCAAGUGUUCUAUAUGAUCCAAGUGGGAUCUGCAUAGAGUUCAUCUAAUGGUUGGUACAGGAUAUUUUCUAACUGGGAGUGGUUUAAUGUGGCUAGUGGAGCAGGCUGUACAUUUUCCCUGACAUUUACUGGGUAUAAGGAAUAGGGGGCCAUCACUUGGCAUAAGACAAAUACAUGUGAAUGUUUUGUGUGUACCAUCAUUGUAUUUAGGGUUUGGGUGCUAAUUUAGAUGUUUAUUAUUACCCUGAUGUUUGAUGGAAAAUAAAUUAUUCCUUGAAGUGGCGGUCAAUAAACAGAGCCCCCUUCGGUUUUGAGUCGGAGCUGCUGACCGUUCAUCUGUUCUUGUUGUUGUUGUGAAGUGGUAGCUUCGUUCAGCUUCAGCUUCCAUGGUGGGACCAAUCAUGCCAAAGUUGUGUCUAGCAGAGGGCAAUCUCCAUGGUGUCUUGCAAUACAAGUACUCGUAUAUUUUGCUCUCCAGGAUGAUAAGUUUCUUUGUGCAUCAUGCUGUAUUAUGCCGGUGUUCCCCUUCUCAUUUCUUGCUUCACUGAACUGCUUGGCAUAGUUUGAUAUAUCUAUCUGUUCAUUUGGUUCGAUACUCUUUACUAGUAUGUGGGUGCAGUGCAGGCGCACAGGGCAGAUCGGCAGUCUUGACUUGCCUGUGAUCUGCCUUGAGUAUCUACUGCUACUGGUACCGCCUACUGGCUACCGCCCAUGUAUGUACUUAGUAGGCAUUGUAAGGCAUCAAGAGUAAACUUGCAGGUGGUGGUGUGGAUUGUAUCAGCUUUAUGAA